AUGUCAUUCCAUAAUUGGACAUCUUUACUCAACAUCGAACCUUGCAAAGUUAUGGAAUUUUAUCAGGAUGCGGUUAUAUUUGUGACAGGUGCCACCGGUUUUGUGGGCAAGACUCUGCUGGAAAAGCUUCUCUGGAGCUGUCCACAGCUGAGCUGUGUUUACAUUUUGAUACGCGAGAAAAAUGGCAAACCAGCCCAACAACGUUUCUAUGAGUUUUGUCAACAUAAAAUCUUCGAGCGUCUUCGCCAACAUUAUCCGCAGCGUUUACGUAAGCUGCGCUUUUUGGCGGGAGAUAUUGAAAAGGAGGAUUUCGGCCUCAGUAAUGUCGACAAGAAAGUCUUAUGCGCCGAGGUGAACAUAAUAUUUCACAGUGCCGCAACGGUUCGUUUCAAUGAACGUCUAAAGGUGGCAGCCCUGGUAAAUUCCGUGGCCACAUGGAAUCUUUUGGAAAUGUGCAAGGAUAUGCCAUUGCUGAAGAGCUUUGUUUACGUUUCGACGGCCUAUUGUAAUCCUGGACGCAAAUAUGUUGACGAGGAAAUCUAUCCCACUUUACCACCGGUUAACUGGAAAUACUUCGUGGAGUGUGCCCUAAAAGUAAACGAUGAAUAUUUUAACAGUUUGGAAAGUUACAUCACGGGUCCUCAUCCCAACACUUAUACCUUUACCAAAUCAAUUGCCGAACAAAUUGUCAACGACUAUAAAGAUCGUCUGCCCAUUGUCAUAGUGAGGCCAUCGAUUGUCACCGCAUCAUAUCGUGAACCCUAUCCGGGAUGGAUUGAUAAUAUUCAGGGCAUUACAGGAAUAAUGAUGGAAAUUGGCAAGGGUUCGAUCAGCAGCAUUUUGGGUGACAAGAAUGUGAUAUGCGAUAUAAUUCCUGUGGAUUUUGUGGUAAAUUCAAUGAUAAUGACGGCGCCAAGGGCUACACUGGGGAGAAUCUACAUAUCCAACUGCACCUCGGGCGUUACAAAUCCCAUAACCUGGCAACGUUUGGGACGCUUAACCCUUAAAUGGUCACGCAUUUAUCCGACACGUAAGGCGUUUAUGUUUCCCUAUUUUCAAUAUCGGAAAAGUUUCCUCAUGCAUGAUAUUGCCGUGUAUCUGUUGCAUUAUGUUCCAGCCAUAAUGAUGGAUUUAACGGGUCUCUUUGUGGGCGGAAAGAGGAGAAUGGUGUUGCCCAUAGCGAAGAAAUUUCGGCAGGCCUGUUUGGCAGGAAAAUGUUUCUCUUUGAAUGAAUGGAUAUUCUUGAAUAACAGCCGUCAUUAUUACGAAGAGAUGCUGCAGGCAGGAGCAUUUCCUAGCCUCUAUUGGAAUUUAAAUUCUUUGGACUAUGAAAUGUAUAUUCGUAAAUUCGUCAUUGGUAUUCAGAAAUACUUGCACAACGAGCGGUUUCGUGAAAAUUCCAAUAAAUACCAAAUCACCAAGUUAUAUUGGUUUUGGAUAUUUCUGCAUGUCUUCUUUUCUCUAGUAAUCCUGUAUUGGAUACUCUAAUUGGAGGAAGUUAAAAUUCAUGGAAACAAAUUCACAACCUGGAAAAGUAC